GCGAUAGCGCUUUUGUUUUACUCCCUCGCCCACACCGAAACAACUCUCUACGCUUGUAGCUGUAGGCUGUGGCCGCUCUCUCUCACUCGCUUCUGCUCGGUAGCUGCUUUUGGCUCUUCGUCCUUCCGCAAAUUCCCACUCCAUUUCUUGGACGGGAAGGAAACCCCAUUAAAAGGUCGUCGCUUUCCACUCGCUUCACACCUGCCCCUCGCUUCUCCUCGCUCCGGGUUCUGUCUCCGGAGUCCGCCUCUGCCAACAUGAGCAACGAAAGUGUAGUAAAUUGUCCUUUGUGCAUGGAAGAGAUGGAUUCAACUGAUCUCCAGCUAAAGCCUUGUAAAUGUGGAUACCAGAUAUGUGUCUGGUGUUGGAAUCACAUAAUACAAACGGCUGAAAACAAUGAUACUGAAGGAAGAUGUCCUGCAUGCCGAACUCUGUAUGACAAGGAGAGGAUACUGAAGGUUGCUAUAAGUACAGAAAGCUUAGCGAAACAAGUUUCCCAAAGGCAGAAAUCUCAAAAGGCUAAGUCUAAACCACUAGAACUACCAAAAGAUGUAAAUGAUGUCCGUGUCAUUCGGCGGAAUCUUGUAUAUGUAUCUGGUGUCCCUGUGGCUUUAGCAGACGAAAUGAUUCUCAAAAAGAGAGAAUAUUUCGCCCAGUAUGGUAAAAUUGUAAGAGUUGUUGUAGUUCCACCUUCAGAGGCCUUCUUGAAUUUUCGUGUCAUAUAUAUUACAUUCUCCAAGGAGGACGAAGCUCUUAAAUGCAUUGAAGCUGUAGAUGGCUUUAUUUUAGAUGGAAAUCCUUUAAAAGCAUGUUUUGGUACUACAAGAUACUGUCACGACUGGCUAAAGAAUGGGCGAUGUAAAAAACAGAACUGUCUGUAUAUGCAUGAUGCUUGUCCCGAAGAAGAUAUAUGUAUGAAAGAUGAAGCUCCUUCAGUAUGCACAAGUAAGCUUCAGAAAUCUUCAGGAUAUGUCUCUAAUCUUCCACCACGUUCUGGAAGGAUCUUGCCUCCACCCAUGAAUACCUUAUGCAGAAGUAGCAGUACUGUGAAAAAAGAUCAGAAACAUUGUGAUAAUGGCAGAAAGAUCACUGAGAAAGAUGAUAGAAAGCAGGGCGCCCUUCUAUCUACAGCUUCAUGGGAGUCAACUUCCACAUCUGGUAGGCUAUCAUAUGCUAGUGUCACAGCGCUAAAAGGACCAAUUAACCACUCUGCUGUGCCAAAAAAUUUCAUCAUGAAACCCAAUGAUAGGGAUCGAGUUUGUGCAGUUUUUCAAAAUACAGAUCAAAGUGAUGAGCAAUUGUCUACUUCAAAUUCCAUUAAAGUUGGAAAUAGACUUGUUAAAAGCUAUGAAUCAUUUGAACAUCAUACGUCUACUGAACUCGCAGAACAUAAAAGAUUUCAAAAUUUUAGUGCAAGUGAUCAGGCCAGCAUUGUUUUUGAAAGAACAGAAGGUGGAUUAUAUUCUGAUAAUUUUUAUAACAAAUUUCAGAAAAUCAGAGAAGUUCCAAUCACUAUGAAUUUCAACACACUAAGCCACCAACCACGUGUAGCUUCUCGAAAUGACUUCAUGAGAUGCCCUAGGAUGGACACAACUGACCUGAAUGCAUAUCACGUCUUUUCUUCAUCAGUUAAUAAUAGCAAUCAGGGCCAGAACAAUGUUUGUAGAGUUAGGAGUGGUUCAACUUCUGCGGAUUUUUUGGUUACAUCAUCCUUACAGGAUGCUCCUAUAUCCAACCUUCAAGCAGUAUCUCAUAGUUCAUAUCAGGAGAGAUUAAGUGGAUGUUUAAACUCAAAUUUGACAGAGUCAUUUAUCAAAUCCAAUUCUUCAAUAGGUUAUGGAAACAGGUAUUCUAUUUCUACUAAAAUCACAGGAAACUCCAAAAUCUCGAGUUGUGGUGCUUUUGCACAUUCAGCAUUUUCAGAUGUUGGCAUUAGUUCCUUUCCCCAUAACCAAGGGAAAUUACAAAAAGAAUCUAGUGCCAGUGAAGAUUUUGUCUCUGGAAGCUCACAGCAUGAAUCUGACAGGUCUUUUUUCUUGGGUGAGAGUAACAUUUACAGAAAUGUUACAGAUUUGCUGGAAGAUAGUAAAUUAUCAGAUGAAGCAGGCAAAUGUUGGGAAGAGUAUGACAUGGUCUCUGAUAUGUUGUCUCUCAAUCUAGCUCAUGUUGAUCACAUAGUAGGUCCUCUUGCUAACUGUGCUGACUAUGUUAAAGAUGACUACCCUUUCAUAUGUGAGACAGAGGCUUCUUUCAAUCCCAGCAUGAAUCAUGAUAUGUUAAAGCCAGGUUUUACUGAUUCUAGCAUUUUGAAUGUGGAAAACUAUAUCUUUCAAGGUAAUCUGCAGGAAAAUAAUGCAACUCAUUUAUAUACUCAUUCAAACAAAGGUUCAUCUGUCCCACAUUUCUCUGAAUGCAUGUCCUUGUCUGCCAAAAGCCAAGAUCACCAUAAUGUUUCUUUUGAUGAGGUGUCAAAUGAAUCAAACAUACUCUUCAGUUCAUAUCAAUCAGGUUCCACUUCAAAGUUGAAGGGCUCUCAAUUUUCUGCAUUUCCUGCUCUAGUUAGAUCAAUCCCUGAUAUUCCUACUGAUGUUGCAGAUUACUCAAAUCCACAGUAUUAUGCUACCAAACAGUUUUCAGGCGGGAACAUGUUGCAGUCAUCUCAGCUGAUUUCUCCUGAUUGUGGCUCAAGCACGGUUGGGUUUGCCAAAGGUAAUCAACUGCCAGAAUUAAGAAAUUUAUCUGAGAAAUCAGUCAUAUUAGCAAAUAAGAAUAGAUCAGCAAUCUUAGAUAGCACUUAUCAGCAAAAUGUAAUGAAUGAUUACGAUUUUCUGUGGGGACCUCGUACUGUCGACAAUUAUACUGCCAGAGAGUCCAUGGAUACAACAGGGAAUUUGUCAGACAUUCUAAAUAGAUUUCUUCCCGGAUCAAAAUAUCAGCCUCCGAAAUAAAGAAUGAUCACUUUGACACUACAUGUGUAGUAGCCACUGAUGAUGCUUUUCUAUAGACAUCCAGAGGCUUUGCUCCAUAGUCGACGAUCGACAGAGGCUUCAUCGUCUAAUAGUGUAAUACUUGGUGCCAUUCUCAGAUGUUUUGUUAGUGUGAGGCUGACGUCAGUUUCUUCUAAAGUUACUGGUGGUGUCUACAAUCACUUUCUUGGCAUGCUUGUUCGUUUCCCUCGUUUAGUUUCCUUACUCAUUGGUCUACCCUCAAUAGGUUCUACAUUUACUGAUACUUGUAUGUAGACAUUCUUGGAUCUGAAAAUACUCUGGUGAAAAAUGACAUCAAAAGUUCAGGAUCAUGACUUAAAAGGCUCACUCAGAUUUUCCAUCUUA